UUUAGGGUUACUGAUCGCGGCGAGCAAGCGCAGCAUAGCCUCUCGGAUUUGAGAGGCCAUGGCGUCGAUCUGCGGCGGGGUAAUGAGCCUCUUAAUGCAGCUCAGCGGCCGCAGGAAAUCGUCCAGGCAAGUCGGGGGUUGAGAGGAAUCGCUCCGGGGGUUUUUCUGGAGUGGCUUUCUCUUCUUUUUUCUUUCCGUGCCUUCUCACUCACUGCUUCCCUGAUCCCUUGCUUGAAAUUUCGUUCUUUCUCCUUUCAAUCACGCUUCUUCCCCAAUUUUGUCUUAAGAGGGACUAGGAUCUCCCAUCGUAGAGAAUUUCCAAGAGCUAGAGGUGAGAGAGUAGAAAUUUCCAGUGGGGUAUCCGUGAGAGGAAGAGGAUUUUCGUUUCGGGUGGUGUUUUUUCCUUUUGGAGAGUUGGGAGUGAGAUCUUCUUGAGGGACAAUGAGCUUGAGAACCUCACAUUCUCACGACACGGAGCUCCGGCUCCCAGCCGACGUCGACUGGUACAUGCUAGACAAGACCAAGUUCUUCAUGCUGGGCGCCGGCCUCUUUUCGGGGGUCUCCGCCAUGCUCUACCCGAUCGUCGUCAUCAAAACGCGACAGCAAGUCUUCCCAGAGAGGAGCUCAUCUACAUCCAUCGCCCGCGGCAUUCUCAAGCACGACGGCAUCCGGGGAUUCUACCGCGGCUUUGGCACCUCCCUCCUCGGCACCAUCCCCGCUCGCGCCCUCUACAUGAGCGCCCUGGAGAUCACCAAGAGCAACGUCGCCGGAGGAGCUCUCCAGUUGGGCUUCUCGGAGCCCAUCGCCGCCGCCAUGGCCAACGCCGCCGGGGGGGUGAGCGCGGCGGUGGCGGCGCAGCUGGUCUGGACUCCGGUGGACGUGAUCAGCCAGAGACUCAUGGUCCAAGGUGGAAGAAAUGGUGGUGGUGGUAGUGGAGGUGGUGGAGGCAAGGAAGAGUUCCCUCGCUACCGGGGUGGCUUCGACGCCUUCCGCAAGAUCCUCAAGAGCGAUGGCGUGAAGGGUCUCUACAGGGGCUUUGGAAUGUCGGUGCUCACUUACGCUCCCUCCAACGCGGUGUGGUGGGCGUCUUACUGCGUCACGCAGCGCUCCAUCUGGAGCCAUCUCGGCUAUCUCGGUGGCGCCGCCGAGCCGACCUCUGCCGCGGUGGUUUGCGUCCAGGGGAUCAGCGCCGCCGCCGCUGGAGGGGCCGCGGCACUGGUGACGACGCCGCUGGAUACCGUGAAGACGAGGAUCCAGGUGCUGGAGAGCGACCGGAGGCCGCCGCCAUCGAUCUCGCAGACUUUGAGGGUGCUGGUGAUGGAGGGAGGGUGGCGGGCUUGCUACCGGGGGCUGGGGCCGAGGUGGGCGAGCAUGUCCAUGUCCGCCACCACGAUGAUCACCACUUACGAGUUUUUGAAGAGGAUGUCGGCCAAGAAGCCGCAGAUCGAGUGUUCUCCGGUUUGAAGUGGAGCAAGCAAAACAGGUGGAAGAGUUUGAUCUUACAGGCACAGCAGGCCAGGAAGUGAGAAAAGUAGAGAGCAAGAAAGACGGGGAAAGCGAGGAAAAGAGGUGGAGUCUUUUGAGUAUCACUCUUCUAAAGUUUUCUUCCUCGUUUCGUUUCGUUCUUUUCUAGAACGGGCGACCUCACGCGAGAUGGAUGAAUCGUGACGACGAUUUCUUUGAUUUUUGUAUAUAGCAGCAAGCAGGCAAGCAAGCCGACCAAAGCUUUGUGGGGAAAAUGGUCUGUAAAUUUGUGGAGAACCAAAAGAACAAAGAGAUUUCCGUGGGAGUUAUCGUUUUUUCGUUUCGUUUCGUGUUU